GAAGUAGGAGGGACAUCCGAAGCAGAAAGUGUUCUGGAAGUGAGUCCUGAAGUGAAUCUAAAGUUUAGACUGUAGAUUGGACUUUAGUCCCGUUAUGGUUUGGCGUCAAACUGAAUGACGUCAUAUCUUGCUGGAGACACUACCCUUUCCUCUUUGUCAAAGAGAAAAGAAGAAACCUUCAUAUGAGGACGCACUUCCUCUGUCUCUUUGUUCUGCGCUUCUUGAAAAAUCCGCGGAGUUUCGCAAUCCACAGAGCUGACCAUGGAGUUGCAUGCAAAGCACAAUUUCUUCUUCUUGGUAUCCGCUUCAUUCCUCUGUGCUGUUGUUGUUGCAGAUCUUCAGGCACCUGUAGUCCACACAAAGCUCGGGAGCCUGAAAGGUGAGUAUGUGAGUGUGAAAGGGAAGGAGACUGGCGUCCAUGCCUACCUGGGUGUCCCAUUUGCCAAACCACCCCUCGGCCCUUCCUUGAGACUGGCUCCACCUCAGCCUGUAGGAGGAUGGGAAGGAGUAAGAGAUGCCACUAAACAGCCACCAAUGUGCAUUCAGUCUAAAGAAGCUGUUUUGGAUCUGGUUGAUAAACUCGGUGGACUGCUGGCAGAAAUACCAGACAUCUCUGAAGACUGUCUUUACCUCAACAUUUACACUCCUGCAAAAAGAGCUAAUAAUGCCAAGCUCCCAGUCAUGGUCUGGAUUCAUGGUGGGGGUUUUACGCUGGGAUCAGCUUCAACAUAUGAUGGCUCUGCCUUGGCUGCUUACCAGGACGUGGUUGUGGUUCUGAUCCAGUAUCGCUUAGGACUUCUGGGUUUUCUCAGCACUGGAGAUGAGCACAUUUCAGGGAACUUUGGCCUCCUGGACCAGGUUGAAGCUCUCAAGUGGAUCCAGCAGCACAUUCACAACUUUGGAGGAGACCCAGGAUUAGUUACUAUAUUUGGAGAGUCUGCUGGUGGAGUGAGCGUGUCUCUUCUGGUAAGAAUCUACAGUUACACUGGAGAUGAGCACAUUUCAGGGAACUUUGGCCUCCUGGACCAGGUUGAAGCUCUCAAGUGGAUCCAGCAGCACAUUCACAACUUUGGAGGAGACCCAGGAUUAGUUACUAUAUUUGGAGAGUCUGCUGGUGGAGUGAGCGUGUCUCUUCUGUUGUCCUUCUUCUACCCCGACCCUAAAGCAGCAUUUAUCAGAGAUGUGAUAGCUGAUGAAUAUAUCGGAAAUGGUGACGACCGUGUGAAAAACAGAGAUGGGUACACUGAGAUGCUUGGAGAUUUGUUUUUCACCAUUCCAGCGAUUAAAGCUGCUAAUGCUCACAGAGAUGCAGGUGCUCCUGUAUACCUGUAUGAGUACCAACAUCCUCCCAAAUUCCUGCAGCAGAAAAGGCCGAGCUUUGUUGGGACUGACCACGGAGAUGAAAUUUUUACAGUUUUGGGAUUUUGCUUCACAACUUCCCAUGUUAGGUUACCCGAUCCGUGCCCUGAGGAUGAGGAACAGUUGAGCAAGAUCAUGAUGAGCUACUGGGGGAACUUUGCUCGCACAGGAUCUCCUGAUGGGCACAACCUUGUCCACUGGCCAAAGUAUGGAGCAGAAGAAAAGUACCUGGCGAUUGGUUUAAAAAAGCAGGUAACUGCUCAGCACCUGAAGAAGGAGCGCUUUGUCUUCCUGACUCAGACCGUCCCAGAGAAGAUCAAACAGCAUGAGGAAAAUGCAGAACGCAGCGAGCUGUAGAAAACUCACAUCUGGUCUCUGCUCCAUCAAUUUUUAAAAUAAUUAGAAUAAAUCAUAAUUCAUUUAGCGACCAUUCUUUACACAUAGUAAACAUAGGGUAUGUCAAAUAAUCCUUUAUAAUGACAAGAGCAGUUUUUGUAUAGUUUAAGACAUUGAUCAUCGAUAAACGAAUGCAACUGUUUUUACUUAACUAUAAUCAAAGUGUAAUUGUGGAAGUGAAAGAAAAUAGUAGAUAAAAGGUUGCUAGUUGAGAGCAGCUGUCAUAACAUAAAAAAAAAAACCUUGUUAAAAUAAACAGAUGUGACAUCCUGGUUCUUUUCAGUUUUUAUUUUUUUCUCAUAAGAGGUAUUUAAGUUAACCGCUGUGGUGACCCUUUGUGACACCAGCCAAAAAGAGCCUCCUAUCAGUAAAGCUGCAUUGUAAUUGUAGGCCACCAUGCACUCUAUAAAUUUUGUGCCCCUUGAUGAAAUCUGGAUUAUAUACCCUGUUUAGGUAUAUUAUUCUACUGCAGUACUCAUCUUAACUUCAUGCCUUGAUAAAACUUUAGGUGUUGUGAUUAGCUUACAUGUUUUCAUGGCUGAUGCAAAACUGCUUUUCAUCUUUACACCUAUCCCACUCAUAUUACCUAUAUAGGAGUGGAUGUUUCUUUUACACAGCACAGUGAUUGUGCUAGUGAUUAACAUUAAGCACUAUGAUUGGUGAAUGGUGAUGCUGGCAGGUCGCCUGUUAGGCAUUACCUCUACUAACAGUGUUUGUAUUUUAUGUGUAUUUUUGAUAAAAUUGUCUGGCAUGAAAUAUAUUUCAGUAGUCCAUUUGAGAAAUCUGAGCAGUUGUUUAGCUAUGGGGAUUGUAUGCGUAUUUCUGGUGUUACCUGAUAACUUAGCAUUCCAUCUUUUAAAAUAUGUUAAUUUUUUUGGUUGGUAUUGGUACUAAUUUAAAAUAUAUACCUCAAACGUGCACUAUGAAAAAUGUCUGAAUAUUUUUGUGUUGGCUGUCAUGUCUUUUCUGUACAUAUUUUAUAUAUGUUAUAGCACAUUUAAACAGCAGAGGUUGACCCAAAGUGUUUUAAAGACCGGCACAUUUACAUUACAAUGUAUUUACCGUACGUGAAAAACUGAAAGAUGUGUUUUACUGCGAAAAGUAAAAAUCACAGUGAUUUAAUGGUCAUUAAACUGGUUUCAAAAUUUGGCAAA